UUCAGCGGUCUCUGGAGCAAAAUCGCGAAAGUCACAAAUCUUCAAGUUCAUUUUCGUUGUCGAAACCAGAAGCCGAGGAGAUGGGAGAAUCGUCCAAAGGAGGAGGAGAACCAGCGUUAUGCUGGAGAGCAGAGGUGGACCAGAGCCUUAAACGGCUUCACUCAUUGCUCUUCGGCGUCGAUCACUUCCUCGACAAGCGGGACUUCGAAUCGGCUCAGCUUCUCGGCCUGCGUCUUCUCGGCUUCAUUGAUUCCUGCUCUCUCUCCGACGCAGACCUCCAGCUCGCUCGUUCCAUCCGCCGUGAAGUCGCCUCCAAAGUCGACGCCGCUCGGCGAGCCCUCGUCCCUGAUUCCGAUCGAAGAGCCUUUGAACUGGCAAACAGGGAUCCAGGCUGCGCCUUUAGCGGUAAAGAAUUUGAUAUUGAGAAGAUUAAGGAGUCAAAGUACUUCCAAGUUCUUGUUCAGCAGUGUAAUGGAAGAGUUACAAAUGAAGUGGGAGAGCAAUGGAAUAAGCAGAACAAGUUUAUUACCAAGGCGUCAAAAGCUAUAACACAGACGAAGUUGACUUCAUUGUAUGGAAACAACUUUGGGAGUACAAGUAAUAGCAUUUCCAAUAGUUCUUUGAAUCACCACAAUGAAGGUGCUGAUGAUUGCAGUUUAGUUGGAAGGGCUCAUUCGUGUAGCACCUAUCCUAAGGGUCAUGGUUCUCCUAUUUUUCUCAAAGUUGAAGAGAAUGAAAGGGGUAAUGUGAAUAGCUUAGGGACAAAAAGAGCUCAUGUUGACAUCAGCAGCCCAAUAAAUGUGAGUGUAAGAUCAUUGAACGAUGAAGAAGCUAAUGCUGAUGUUCCGGGCAACGGAUUUGUGACUGCCAGAGCUAAACUGGAGAUGGACUCAAGACAAAAACGAGGCCUGGCUGGAUCACCUGGUGCAUCUUUGUCUCCACAAUGCGAUAACAAUGCCUCCAUUAAAGGUUCUGGUGUAAGGUCAUAUGGAUAUUCUCGACGUCUAGCUCGUGGUAAUUUUGUCCCUCCGAUCAAAUCCAAUGGGGGCAAUGUUGGAAAUAUGACUUCACGGGUUGCUGGAAAGGGUGAUGACGGACUAGAUGACUCAACAAGGAGAGUUUUGGAGAUGCUAUGCGGUCCUGAUGGUGAGCUUCCUGAAAAAUUAAGGAACCUGGAACCUCGUCUUAUAGAGCAUGUCAGUAAUGAGAUUAUGGAUCGGGAUCCCAAUGUUCGGUGGGAUGAUAUUGCCGGUCUGGAGCAUGCUAAAAAAUGUGUAACUGAGAUGGUAAUAUGGCCUUUAUUACGCCCUGACAUAUUCAGAGGAUGUCGUUCUCCUGGAAGAGGGCUUCUCCUUUUUGGACCGCCUGGAACCGGAAAAACAAUGAUAGGGAAAGCUAUAGCUGGAGAAGCAAAAGCAACGUUUUUCUACAUUUCUGCCAGUUCGUUGACAAGCAAGUGGAUUGGCGAGGGUGAAAAGCUAGUGAGGGCCCUUUUUGGAGUUGCCAGCUGUCGUCAGCCUGCUGUAAUUUUUGUUGAUGAAAUAGAUUCACUUCUGUCUCAGCGUAAAUCAGAGGGGGAACAUGAAUCAAGCAGAAGACUUAAGACACAGUUCCUUAUUGAAAUGGAAGGCUUUGACAGUGGUAAUGAGCAAAUUCUGCUUAUAGGAGCGACAAAUAGACCCCAAGAACUUGAUGAAGCGGCACGGAGGCGCCUUACCAAGAGGCUCUAUAUUCCUCUCCCUUCAUCAGAAGCAAGAGCCUGGAUCAUACGCAAUCUCUUAGAAAAGGAUGGACUAUUCACUCUCUCAAAGGAGGAUAUUGAUGCUAUAUGCAGACUGACAGAUGGGUAUUCAGGAUCAGACAUGAAAAACUUAGUGAAAGAUGCAUCUAUGGGUCCACUGAGAGAGGCCCUUAGACAUGGCAUUGAAAUUACCCAGCUGAAGAAGGAGGAUAUGCGGCCAGUAAAUCUUCAGGACUUCGAAAAUGGAUUGCAAGAGGUGAGACCCUCUGUUUCUUUGAAUGAACUUGGUAUAUAUGAGGAGUGGAACAAACAGUUCGGAAGCUUAGCACUCUAGAGAUCCCUUAACUGAAAAGGUUAGAUAUUGUUAUACUCCCAUAUAGAAUUACUCACCAUAACUUGUACCGCUAUAAUUGUCAGCUUUAACAAAAUUAAAUAUUGAGAUUUGUUUCCG